AAAGAACAGCAUUCUGACCUCUGCUCUGUGACUUCCUCAUCCUCCUCUUCUUUAAAUACAGGACAAAGUUGGAGUCCCAGGGAAUCAGGGAGCGGAGCGCACAGGAGUCCACAGGCCAGCUCUGCCUGCAUACAGGACGAUGAAGCUCUCUGCAGCAGCCCUCUCCUUCCUCUUCUUUGCAGCUGCCCUCGGAUUCGAGCUCCAGAACAUACAUCAUGAACCCAAGAUGGCGACGGAGGACCUUCAUUUCUCACAGCGUAAAUGUUUAAUUAUGAUUCUUUAUAUAGUGCUGCUGACUGCUGCUUCAACCUCAUCAAACAAAAAAUCCGAUGUGCGUUCAUGGAGGAUUACUUUGAAACGUCCAGUGGGUGUCCCAGGUCUGCUGUCAUCUUCCGCACCAAGAAGGGGAAGACGGUCUGUGCAGACUGGCGUGGCAAAGGAGUUUUGGAUUGCAUGAUGUCCCUGAAAUCAAGGAAGCAGAGAGAAUGGGAAUGAACUUGAUUGAAGAGAAGGAUACUAGGUGCCUCACUUCACCUCCAGCUCUCUUGCCUCAAUACUUCCUGGGACUUUCUUGGCCUGAAUUACUUUUCUAAAAGCAGCAAUUACUAUUCUGUUCUGGCUAUAAAAUCAAUGCAUUAAUAAAGAGUAUUCAAUUAACUAUGUUUGAACUUUAUGAAGAAAAAGAAACUGUGGGAAUUGCCGAACUUUGGAUUUA